AUGAAAGAUCAAAGUUCAACAUCACCAUUACGAAUGACAAUGCCAAUUAAAAGACAAAUUUCAUCAAAUGUUAAUACUACUGGAGAUCGAACAUUAUCUAGAAAUAUGAGUACGUUAAGUAGAUCUCACAAUUCACAAUCAACAUCUGUUGCAAAGGUUAAUUGUAAUCAAAAACCUAAAUCACAUACAUUUACAUCUUCUGCUAAUAAUUCGUCAGGUAAACGAAAGAAAGAGUGAAUUUAAUUUACCGGUUUUUUUUAAUAAAAAUGAAAUUUUCUUCGUUGUUAUGUAUAUUCGUCAAAAAAAAACAAAAACAUCUCUUAACCCUUCGUUACUGUUGUGGGGUCCAAGUGGAUCCAUUUUACAGUUUUCCAUCUGAUACUACGUUAACAUUUGUUGUUUCAGACCAUUUCUUUUAUCUAAUCUCUAGUCUCUUGUUAUUGUAUAAUAUCCUUACUAGAAAUUGUGAAUAGCUCUCUAAGAGAGAGAAAACGCAAGGGUGGGUCCACUUGGACUCCACAACAACAAUAGUGUUAUGGACAACAUUUUUGGACUUGCUGAAGCUGCUAUCUAUUGU